AUGCUAUUGCCACACUUGUGGCAGCCGGGGCGUGCCAUAUUAUACGACGCCGCCACAUGGUCUGAUACAUCCUACGACCAAGCGAGCAAGGACCCUGCGCAAAAUGGCCCCGCACCUUCCAUCAGCUCUACUUUCUACGAUCGUAUUACUAAACUCGACUGGCUCCUUCACAAGAAGAUCUGCAAGACCUUUACAACCUUGCCCUCACGACCAUCACCUUCGCACAAACUCGCAAUCUUCUUUCCAGUCGAUUCAAAAGAUCCACAACUUAUCUGGAUUAAGUGCGAACGACGUGUAGAUGAUGAAGACGGAAUUGCAUGGGAGAAGGCAGAUACUCAACACCUUCUGGAAAUCGAGAACCUUGACCCCAAAUACCAACAUGCCAGAGAGUACAAGCAUAUAACGCGGAAUGUGCUUCGCGGAUUCAACCUCAGCUACACGGUUCAGGUUAUUGUUCGGGAGACUUUUCUAAUUGAUGGCUCUACGCCUAAUGGUUGUGUUCAACAUACCACGAAAGGGCAAACGAUACACGAUUGGAGGGGACCAAUACUGGUCAUGCGUCAGCCGGGCACGGCUAUAGACCCUUUGUUCUACAAGGAUAUAACGGCUGGUGAUUUUCGAGUUGCGAUCGAUUAUUUUCUCUCUUAUGGAAGGGAUUUAUAA